GUGGCGGCAGCACUCAGGUAACACCGGGUUCACUACGGCGUCACUUGUGGUCGCCCUGUAAACCACCAACAAGAAGGUCAAGAAGCAAGUGUUUAUUUAGGUUAUACAAAGAUCUGUAAGGUUAUACAAACGUACCUAAAUUGGUAAUCAAGUUUUGUGAGACAAAUGAUAUUCAGCUAGUCUUAACAGCAAUGACUGAAAGGAAGAGCACUGUUAUAAAAGCAUUCAAGAAAAGUUCUAUUUCAAAGGUAAAAAUCAUCACGGUUCAUAGCAAUGAUGUAGCUUCUCUCACUUCACGACAUCCGGUUGGUAUUGUGAUAGCAGAAAGAAGAAAUCCACAGCAAGUAUCUAGUUCUGGGAAGGAGCCAAGACCAGUGUUUAUACCUGGAUGUCCUCUUCCUCAAGUUCUUCCUCCACAACAUCAAGCUGCUACUCACUACUCAAUAAAAGAUAAAUCUAAAGCAAAUUCACAUACUCAAAUUUACAGGCCAGGGAAGUAUGUAAAACACAAACAAGUGAGUAAACUUCCCAAAAAUGUGGCCUUUAAUAUUGACCAUGAUGUUGAAAUAGACAGAGUGUAUGAUCCCCAAAAUUAUGUAACAUCUCAAGAGUCAGAAUUUUUAAGACAGUCACACACUCAGCAGCCAAACCCUGAAAAUACAGUGUAUACUGGUGAAGAAAGAGCCACUACAACCCUUCUUAGUGGUUCUCCUCAUUAUGUUCUUGUUUCUCAAAGAAAGAGAGAUGAAGCUGACCUGGAUUCUUGUAAUUUUUUAAUGGACGGCAGUAUUUCAUUAGAAAGUCAUUCAGAAAAUUCAGGUAUGCUAUCAGGUUCAGACGAUACAAAUUCAUGUGAAGAUGCAACAAUUUCAUGCAAUUUUAGUAGAAAAUCUGACGUGAAUAAUUUUAGUAAAGAUUACGUUAAGUCUCGUUUUUUUAAAAGUGCUGGUGAAAUGAGUUUGUCUGAUACACUGAUUACUGAUUAUACAAUUUCUCCAGAAGCUUCCAGUGUUACUUCAAAUGAAGAAAUGUUAACACCUAACAGCUUGACCAGUGCACCACUUUCAACAGGAAUUACUCAAGUUUUUCCGGUAAAGCGUGGAUGUUUACAUAUCCGUCAAAAACCUCAUCAGGGCUCGCAUAUCAAAUAUAUAAAGCCUCAGGGAAAGUGAAAGUAGAAUAUUAUCAAGGUGAAGUGAAAAAUAUGCUCAGAAUUAAUUAAAAUAAAAGAGAUAAGUGACAAAUCCUAGGUAUUAGGUUGGUAGACAGCAGCUGUCCAGGGAGGUACUACUGUCCUGCCAAGUGAGUGUAAAACAAAAGCCUGUACAUAAUUG